ACUGUCACUGUCAUGUUCUUGUUCAGCUAAUUCAAACAACAUCAAGAAAAGCAAAGAGUAUAAAGAAAAUUUUGGUUUGAUACUACAAGCACCAAACAAAAAUUUAUCCAUACGUAUAAUAUACUCAAAGCGUACCUAGCGUACCUACAAAUACAUAUUUACUCUUACCUCCUUCAUUCAUAUUGAUAGGAAUCGAGGAAUCUAUAGCUAGGUAACGAUUAGAAUGGAGUCCUGUGAAGAAGUAAUCCCCCUGAAUGUGGACAUAAAAUUUCCUUUAUUAUCAUUUGAAAAACAAAUAUUAAUCGAUGUAUUUGACAAGGAUUCUUUAUUAAUAAUGGCUAAGGGUAUGAGUUACAACAAUAUACUGUCUAAUUUACUAUGGAUUUAUAAAGACCCAGGAAAUUUAGUUCUGGUUGUUAACAGCAGUGAUCAUGAGGAAAAAUUUUUUACAGAAAAGUUAGGUCUAACUCCACUGCCAACCACUGGAUCUGAAAGAGAAAAAACUUACUUGGAAGGAGGAGUCCAUUUUGUCUCCACUAGAAUUCUUGUAGUUGACCUAUUAAAGCAGCGUGUACCCAUAUCUCACAUUACUGGGAUUGUGGUUUUAAGGGCUCACACUGUGCUGGAGUCAUGUCAAGAAGCUUUUGCACUUAGACUUUAUAGACAAACCAAUAAGACAGGAUUCAUCAAAGCGUUUUCUAACUCACCUAUAUCUUUUACUUUUGGAUAUCACCAAGUGGAGAAAGUCAUGAGGGCGCUGUUUGUGACUGAAUUAUUUUUAUGGCCAAGAUUCCAUGGCAUCAUAAUUCAAGAUCUGAAGAGUCAACAGGUACAAGUAAUAGAACUUCAUGUGGAUCUCACAUCUAACAUGAGUCUUAUACAGACUUGUCUCCUGGAUAUCAUGAACUAUAUUGUGAGGCAGCUCAAAAGUGUUAAUAAGACACUGGAUAUGAGGGAAAUAACAUCAGAAAACUGUAUGACGAAGAAAUUCCAUAAGAUUCUGCAAUCCCAGCUGGACUGUGUGUGGCACCAGCUCAGUACAAGAACCAAGGAAUAUAUCCAAGAUCUCAAGGUGCUGAGAAGUAUGAUAAUAAACUUAAUUCACGACGAUUCAGUAUCAUUCUAUGCGUUGGUGUCUAAGUACAAGACUCCAGAGUAUGCCAAAAUAAAUUCAGGCUGGAUUCUGCUCGAUAGUGCUGAACACCUAUUUCGGGCUGCCAAGGCGAGGGUGUAUAAUCACAAGAAUGAAUUUGAUCCAGAACCUUCGCCCAAAUGGAAAUGUCUAAGCGAACUAUUAUUAAAAGAGAUUCCUGAAGAAGUGAAAAAAAAAGAAGACGGGAGUUUGAAUAAAACGAAAAUAUUGAUACUCUGCCAAGACAACAGAACUUGUUCACAAUUGAACCACUAUUUGACCAUGGGGGCGAAUAAAUAUCUGUUUUACAUGGCCUUCAGAAGAGACCUCACAAUAAACAGUGUUUCUACAAAAUAUAAAAAGUUAAAGCCACCAGAAUCUCUUCGAGAUGAAGAAAAAGCAAAUACAAAUAGUGAUGAUACGAAAUCGGAGCCUGAUGAGGAAGACGGGUUCUGUGAGGAGGAUCCAAAGUCUAAUUAUAUUUUAACUUUGUCACAACUGCCGCCUCAAAGUAAGAAGAAAAAGGAAUCUUCUGAUGAUAGUAUGUUUGAACCAAUAUCUCAGAUAGAUAAUUUGGACAUAACUCAGAUAGAAUCGGAAAAACCUAUAAUAAUUAUACAAACAUUCAAAGAAAACGGGAACCACUUCUCUCUGGAACAAACACUAGAAACACUUAAGCCUGAAUACAUCAUACUAUACCACAGCGACGUAUCGGCUGUGCGUCAAAUCGAGCUGUUUGAGCGUAGAAGGAGAGAAGGGGAGAAGCCUAGCAAGGUAUAUUUUAUGGUGCAUGAUGACACCGUGGAGGAACAAGCUUACCUGACGUCGCUGAAGAGAGAGAAACAGGCCUUCGAGUUGCUGAUUGAAACUAAAAGUGUUAUGGUAGUGCCGUCCUAUCAAGACGGUAAAACAGACGAAUAUUUCAAUAUGAAUGUAGAAGAAGAAGACGAUAGUGUGGAUACGAGAAAAGCUGGCGGGCAAGUCCAGAAAGAAAAGCCAGUGGUGAUCGUGGACACGCGCGAGUUCCGCUCGGACCUGCCCGCGCUGCUGCACAAGAGAGGGAUUGGCAUCGAACCUUUUACUAUUGUGAUCGGUGACUACAUCCUAACGCCAGACAUCUGCGUGGAACGCAAGUCCAUAUCGGACCUCAUAGGCUCGCUCAACUCCGGGCGGCUGUUCACGCAGUGCACGCACAUGUGUCGCAACUACAGCCGCCCGAUACUGCUCAUCGAGUUCGACCAGAACAAGCCCUUCAAUUUGCAGGGCCACCAGAUCGCGUCGUCGGAGGUGUCAGGCGCGGACAUCCAGCAGAAGCUGCAGCUGCUCACGAUCCACUUCCCGCGGCUCAAGCUGGUCUGGUCGCCCAGCCCUUACGCCACCGCUGAACUCUUCUAUGAACUCAAGCAAAAUCGAAAGAAUCCGAACAUAGCUGAAGCGCUGGCUCUCGGCGGCGACCACACAGCCGAGGACAUGCACUACGAGCGCUACAACACGCGCGUGCACGACUUCGUGCAGAAGCUGCCCGGCGUCUGCUCCAGGAACAUCGCCCGCAUCAUGAACAGGGGGCGCUCACUCGACCACCUGGUCAACCUCGACAAGGAGGAAUUAACAAAGAUUACAGAAAAUAGAAAUGAAGCCGAAACGAUUUACUCCAUUUUACACAUUGAAGCAAAGCCCUGUGAUGCUAGUAAGGAUGACAAACCUUACGGAAAGAAAAAAAAUGCUGGAAAACCUUUAUUCAGAAGUAAAAAACGUGAGUAGUUAUAAGCUUAUUUAUUAAUUUUAUAACAUUAGGUACAUAAAGUGAAAAGAAAAUGCAAUAAAUAUAUUUUUACAGUAA